AACUGACAUUUUUUUAACAUUCUGCAGCUCGAUGAAUCUGCAACAGAGGGAAAAACAGACACUGAUAGAAAUAUGGCCACAAUGUUUGAUAUUCUAAGGAAAAAUAGGAAGGUCAAUCUUCAAAAUUUAAUAUUAAACAGGAAUUCCUUUGCACAAACUGUGGAAAAUUUGUUUGCCCUCUCCUUUCUCGUUAAAGAUGGGCGGGCUGAAAUAACAGUGGGUGAAGAAGGCUGUCAUCUAGUUUCCCCAAAGAAUGCCCCUGGUGCCAAUGCCAUUCUAUCUGGAGAGGUCUCUUACAGCCAUUUUUCUUUCAGAUUUGAUUUUGGAGACUGGAAGUUAAUGUUGGAUUCUGUUGAGGAUGGCGAGGAACUAAUGCCACACAGGGAUGAGGUGAGCGUGCAACCAAAUUCAGAUUCUGAAGAAGCUCAAGCAAUAUAUCCUACAACACCCAUAAAGAAAUUGUCCAGGAACCGAGAUUUGGUUAGGCACGAGCAGACGGUAGUUGAAGACUCCCCUGAAAAUCGAGAUGCAGAUGCUUCUCAGCUUGCAAUUCGGAAGGGUAAGAGAAAGCUUCUAUGAGACGGGCACACUUUUGUGGGAGCUCAUAUCAGCUGUAGGUCGAGAGAAUACAACUGACAUUUUUGUAAGUUAUAGUUUUCGACAAGGUUUCCUAGACCAAAAGCUCAUUCGUUGAAGAAUUAAUUUGAGUUGUGAUCAAAUUAUAUAUGGUUAGGAUCUAUUUUUAUUUUUGUACAUAUUUUGAUGGUAGCUCUUUCAAUGUGCAAUAUUCUUGUUUCUGUGUCGGUUGAAUCUGUGGCGGGGAAAACAAUGGUGGUUAUAUUUUGUUGAAAUUUUAUUGUUUUCGUUGGGUUGGGUAAUAACCACCCAAAGAGAAAAAGGCAAGAGAUUAAUAUA